UCGUGAAAUAAUUUUCACAAAGAAAAUAUACUGAUUUGCACUUUUUGUAGUGAAAAACCAUCUGUACGGAAAAUCUCACGGCUGCCGGAAGAAGGGACCAGAUAUAGAUUUUUUUUACCACCAAGUAUUUAAAAAAACUUUCUUUUAAAUUGUAUUGUAUAGGAUGAAGUGUUGUCCUUUAUAUAUCGUUCGAGUAUAAUUACAAAUCAUUUAUCCUAAAAAUGCACAUAAAAAGAUAUAUAUAUAUAUAUAUAUAAUUUUUAUCUCUUAAUAAUUUUUAUUAUAUGUAGUCUAUUAUAUACUCAUUCUAUUUGAUUAUGACUUAUAGGAUGUAGUAUAUUAUUUGGUAAUAUUAGAAAAUUAUAUAUAUGAACGCAUGUUGUGUAUAUGUAUUUUUAAUCCUUUAUUAUAACUUUUUUUUUUUCUUUUUUUUUCCCCAUAUAGGAAACAUGUUACAGUAGACAACACAAUAUUGAUAAUGGAUUAAUACAUCAAUAUACAAUUAAAAACCCUUAUCCGGCCACCGUAUUAAAUUUCUUUACAUUAAUUCAAUCUAUAGAAAAAAUAUCAUCUUGCAAUUGAUAAAAAAUAUAAAAAAUAAAACUUAAAUUAUACUAUAUCACAUUUACUAAAAUAUUUGUGAUAGCAUUAAUAAAAAGGAAAAGCGCAAGAAAAGUAAUGCAGACAAUAUAGUAGAUUAUUAUAACAAAAUUGUACAAUUGUGUGAAGGGGUUUAAAAAUUUUAUAAAUUUAUGAAAUAUAAAAAGCACAUUUUUCAUGAGUAUACGUGGCACGACUUGAGAAUUACGUAAAAUAUGCUAGGCAAGUAAAAAAAUAAAUAUAAUUGAGUGCCUAGCUAUAUCCAUUAUUUUGAAACAAAAUGAUGGUCACAUACUUUUUCUUGUACGGGUAAGUGUAAGGUAAAAAUAUAAAUUGCACAUACAUACGAGUGUUUGUAAUUCUGAAUGAUUUAAUAGCGCGCGCGUGUGAUAUUUCUCUUAUAGUAAUAUUAAACUGAACUUUGUAACAUUUGUAAAAAACAAAAAACAAAAGAAAGAGCUGGACUUUUGUUCAUAUGGAAAAAACUGUAUUGAUAUACAGAUUAGUGAACAAUUCGAUUUAAGUUAUGAAUAUUAUAAAAUUGCAUAAAUAUCCUUUAAUAUUUUUUCUAUUUAAUUAUCAGUAUGGAUUUAUGAUAAUAGAAAAUUUCGAUAAAUUAUCCUAGCAAAUAAUAAUGAAUGAGAAUUAAAGGAUGAUGAGCCAAGGCAAAAGAUGAUAUAUAAGUUCAUAAAUAAUAAUAAUUAAAAGUAGUAAUGUGAUGGAGAUAUGUCGUAAUUGUUAAAUUGUAUUUACAUUGGAUUUGGUUUCAUUGAAAGUACUUUCUUUUACUAUUUUCAUAUAUAAGUUAUCUCAUUUAAUUCAUAACAAUGUUUUUCAAUAAUUAUUAAUAUGUAUUUUUAUCGAAUGAUUACUUUGUAUUUUUCUGUAUGUAAGCAAGCAUAAUAACAGUAGUAAUAAUAAUGAUUAUUAUAAGAAUUUUGUUUUAUAUCAUCUUUCACAAAAUCAAAAAAUCUAUCAUAUUUCGACUAUUGUAUUGGUGAAUCACAGUCAUAAUGUUUUGUAGCAUGAGUAUCCUGUUGAUCAAAAUUAUUUUCCUUCACAUACAAAGAGGUGCAGCAAAUAUUACUCUAAAUUUGUUGUAAUAACUAUAUUUAAUAUAACUCCUAUAACUGUAGACAUUUAGUAACAUCUAUCUAUUUUUUACUUUGUUAUAACUUCAUAUCAGACAGUAGUUUCCUUUAUGUUAGUUAUACAUAUAUUCGUACUCUCUUUUUUCUAUUAUUUAAUAUCUCUGAUCAUAGUUUUCUUUCGUAAAUUAUAUUACUACCAUUAUCAUAACUAUUAUUAGAAUUAUUAUUAUUAUAAGACUUUAUAUUAUCCGGGUCAAAAUAUCCCAAAUAAAAUUCAUCAUCGCUACUUCAAAAAUUCUCAAAUUUAUUAUUCAUUUCUCUAUAUACUAUUUGAAAGUAAUUAUUUGCAAAACAUUAAAACAAAAACAUGUAUUAAUAAUGAGAAGUUAAUAAUAGAAUGUUAAUAACAGGAAUUAAUAACAAUGCAAUACAAGAACUAAAAUUUCGUGACAUAAGGUCAUUUCUGUUGGGACUGGGUAUAAGAUAUCUGUUCGAAUUAUUUUUAUUAGCACAAAGACUAACGUAUGAUCAAUCAAUUAUUAUCUAGAAAUCCUAAUUCUAUUGAUUAAGUAUCCAAGAUUCAUCUUCUAUCAAAAAAUAUUUAAUGUAUUGGUGGAAAAAUACUUUAAAACUGUCUUUCCUAUAUGAUUAUGAAAACGGAUAAAGAAUCCAAAUUAUAAUUAAAAUAUUUGUAUAAAAUGAUACAUUUGAAAAUGAUUCAAUUUUAAAAGAAAUAAAAAUGUCAGAAGUAAUUAUAUUAAGUGAUUCGAACGAAUCAGAUUCGUUGAUGAAUACUCCAAUUAAUGAAAAAAUAGGAAAUUCUCAACAAGACUCUGUGUCUGAUGAGUUUGAUUUUCCUGAAGUUCAGUUUGAUUAUAUUAGUAAUAAAAAUAAUAUUACUGAUACAAACAAACCAUGUCAAAGACAAUACGAUAUAAAUAAUUCUAAAUCAUUGAAUGUUAUUUCAAAUGUUGAAACUAGUAAUGAGAUAUUUACAAGUGCAUUUUCUAGAAAGAGAUUUUAUACUCAUGAUAUGUCUGAUUCUUUUGAAUCUGAUCAAUAUGAAAAAAAUAUUUACACUAGUCAACAAUUGAUUAAAGAACCAAUAAAAAAAAGUAAAAAUAAAUUGAAAGAAGAACGUCUUAAAAGACAAGAGAACUUAAUAAAAGAAAAAACAUUAAAAGCAAUAACAGCUAAAAAAUUAAAAAAUAUUAGACCAGGUGAAUGUAUGAAAUUUAUGAAAGUAAUUUUAGAUAAAUAUAUAAAAGAAUAUAAUUUUUAUCCAGAAAUUCUAGUAACAUUAAAGGAUACAAAUGUAUCAUAUAAUUUUAUUUCACAAUUAAUUCCUAAAAGUAUAACUUGGGAGAGAAGUAUAGAAAAAGAUAGCAUAGAUGAAAAUAAUAAAAUAUACACAGAAAUUAAUAAGCAAACUGAAAAAUAUAUAAUUGUUAUUUGGAAUUGGAAUGAGGUAGUAGAAAAAUUAAUGGAUGAUAGUUUUUGUACAAGUAUUUCUUACAUAAGGACUUUAUUGCCAGAUUAUAAUAUGACCUUAGUUAUUUUUGGUAUACAAGAAUACUUUCUAUAUUAUAAGAAAAAGAAUAAAUUAAAAAAUAAUAAGGGUUCAGGAAGUAAGUCAUCUAAUGAGACUAAAGACUUUAAAAUAUAUAAGGAAUCUCCAGAAAUUUCAAAACAACAACUAGAAGUGUGUCUUGCUGAAAUUCAAAUAAUUAAUAAAUGUAACAGUAGACUUAUUGAAAAUGCAGCCGACUUAGCAUUAAUGAUUUAUCAAUAUACCAAAGCUAUUGCUGAAAUACCAUAUAAAUUAGAAAAGAAACAACAUUUUGACAAAGAAUAUAAUUGGUACAUAGCAGGAGACAAUAAAGACACAGUACGAGUAGAUAAAGAUGGAAAUGGAUUGAAAAGAUUAUGGCAGCAACAACUUUGCCAAUUUAAUUUGAGUAGCUUAGAAAUUGCAGAAGCAAUUUGUUCUGUAUAUAAAAGUCCAGCUCAAUUAGUUGAGGCUUAUAUGAAUUGUACAUCUGCAGAUGGUAGCAAAUUAUUAAAAGAUCUUCCUAUUAGAAGAGCAGUAGGACCCCUUACAACAACCAGGCGAGUUGGUCCUGAAUUAAGUAAAAAAGUUCAUAUCAUGUUUACUUCUGAAAAUGGUGAUGUUUUUCUUGGUAAUAAUGAUUAAAGAUAUAUUUUUUAUCUGCGUUAUCAUUUACUAUUAAAAAGUUAUAGUGAAAUAUGAUGAAUGUUUGUUACAUCAUAAGAUUUUUAAUUUGUGUAUCCAUGUAAUGCAUUAUACAAAUUUUCAAUAUAUGACUACACAAAACAUUUUUAUAAAUUUAUAAUGUAUAUAUAUAUUUAUUAAUAAAUUUUAUAACACUUACUUUAUUUUAUACAAAAUAAUUUAUUUAAUAUUGUUAUAUUUUAAUAAAACCAAGUCAUAAAACACACCUAAAUUUUAUUAAAUAUACUACAUAUAAAAAAACGAUGAAAAUAUAUAAUUAUAAUGAACAGAUCUUUAACUUAAAUUAUCUCAUAUUGAAUAUAAGAAACAAAAAAACAUGAGAAUGUAAAGAUAUAUAAGAACACAUAAUAGUUUGUAUGACAUCUGAUUCAAUUUUCAGUAUAAAUGUGUACAAUAUGUUAAGUUGUAUACAAAUACAAUAAUAUAUUGUAUAUACAUCACAGGAAACAACUUUGCAUAACUAUAAUUAUAAUAAGACUAGAUAAAAUAAUGGUUCAUAGUAACUGUGAGAUAAUAUAUAAGUGCAUUGAAAAACUUUAUAAGUCAAGAAUUAUACAUAAAUGUUGUAUGAAAUAAAAUAACACAUAAAUGGUGGUAAAAAAAUUAUUUUUAUAAAUUAAUAAAUAAUUGUGAAAGAUAUUUAUUAUGGAAUUUCUAAGAAAAUAGUUUUGUGUUUUUUGAAUAUCACCAGUAGGAAUAGUAUAAUUACUUUAUGGUGAAGCCCAUUAAUUUGUACAUUUUACAAUCUAUAUUGAAAAUAAUCCUAAGAUCAAAACUAUUCUUUGAGAAAAAAGCAAUUCUACUUUAUAUAAAAGAACACAAUAAAAAGUGAUAUUCAAACAGAUAAUAUAUAUGUAAACUUUGAUAUAUCA